AUGGAUUCCGCCAAGCAGCCUGUUAAGCUCGUCAAGGUGACUCGUGUUCUCGGCCGUACCGGCUCCCGUGGUGGUGUCACCCAGGUCCGCGUCGAGUUCAUGGAUGACACUUCCCGCAGCAUCAUCCGUAACGUCAAGGGUCCAGUCAAGGUCGACGACAUCCUCUGCCUUCUCGAGUCCGAGAGAGAGGCCCGCCGUCUCCGGUAA